ACUAGUUUACCCAUUUCUUCAAGCACGCAACAUUGGACUGUCACUCUCUCUAUCAUGACGCUCCAUCUAUGCUUGCAUCUGAACUUCGUCGUCCAUCACUGCUCUCCAGUUGAGUUGCGAGUCCGACCUAGUUUAGUCCACAACACGACUAGGAAAGGGAAGGGAAUUGUAGUGGAUGCUGAUUUUGAUUUGAUAAAAUGGGACAUUGUGAAUACAAAAAUGUUUCUGGAUAUGCUAUCAAAGUGGAAGAAGAAAAACAUGGGUAUGUUAAAGUGGGAUAAAAUUGCUGAUGAGUUCAAGAAAGUUAGUGGUUACACCUGCACAGCACAAAAAUUGAAAUCCAAGCAUGACAAUUUGAAACAAAAUUGGCAACUAUUCAAUAGGCUCAUGACUGUAGAGACUGGAUUGGGUUUCAAUUUUGAGACAGGCAAGGUGGAGGCAACCGAUGACUGGUGGACUGCUAGAAUACAGGAGAAUCCGAACGUCAAAAAGUUCUGCAAUAACGGAUUGCCAUUGCGUCAAGAGCAAGCUAAGCUGUGGGGUGGCAACACUGCCACUGGAGAUGAUUGUAUUUCUCCAGCUAUAGCUAAUGAAUCUGGAUGUGGGUCUACAUUUGAUGAUGAUUGUUAUACCCCACAGCCUGUGCAAGCAGAUUUAGAGAACAUACCUGAAGAGAUAUCAACUGGUACAUCUCCUGUGAAAGCAAGGACACCAUAUCAACAUUCUACUUCUAUCGGAAAAGGCCGGAAGAGGAAGAAGGUUGUUGAAGAGAUUAAUGACCUGAAUUUAAAAAAUUGUGUCUAGAUUUGAAGGUGACAAGUGCAGCUGAGCGUGAGUAUUUAUGUGCCAAGAAAUUGUACUAUGAUAAGAAGAACAUGGAACAUGAUGUGCAGCUUGUGGACAAAACUUAUUAACAAGCUGUGAAGGCUUUGGUGGAUUUAAACAUCGAGGAAUCACAUCCCAAUGUUUUCUUCUAUAGUGCUGAUUUGUUCAGCUAUAGUAAUCAUAGGCAGGUGUUCUUGGCUCUACCCCAAAGUGCUAGAUUUGGUUUUCUAGAGAGGCUUUAUGUGAAGAAUGGUGGGAAUGCAGGCUCUAGCUAAGUUCAACAUGUUUGUUGGAUAUUUGGGUUAUUUUGGUGUUUGUUAUGUUAUUGGUCUGUUAUCAAAUUUUAUGGAUAUUCAACUUUUAUGAAUAUGUUAUUGGUUUGUUAUCAA